AUGGAGGUCGAUGACGGGCCAGAUCCCAAGCUGAACUAUGUCGUGUCGGCCCACAAGCCGACGCGGGUGGAGCAGGCGGCUGUAUGCUCCUUCACUGGGAAGGACGACACCAACCUGGUGCUCACGAUGAGCAACAGACUGGAAGUGCACACGGUGCGUGAAGGGGGCUUGCAGCUCAUCAAGUCGGUCAGCGUGAGCGGAGUGCCGCUGUGCGUCAAGGCGAUGCGGCUCCAAGGCCAGGACCGGGACAUCUUGGUGGUGCUUCUCGAGAAGUGGUGGCUGUGCCUCCUCGCAUGGAACCCGGACACGGGGGAGAUCGACACCGUCGCCUCGCGCAACACGGAGGACCCAGUGUGCAAGGCCGCGCCCACGGGACCCUUCCUCGCCGUCGACUCCCUCGCCGGGCUGGUCGCGGUGCACGCGUUCCAGACGCGCAUCAAGAUCGUGAGCAUCAUCGCGGGCGAGGGCGGCGCGGGCGCGGCCUUCUCCGACGCCGCGGACUACCGCACCGAGGAGCUCAACAUCGUCGACCUGACCUUCCUGGCCCGCGACCCCUCGGCGCGCCCCGCCAUCGCCGUGCUGACCGAGGACCAGACGCAGGACCGCCACCUGCGCACGCUCACGGUCAACCAGGUCGACGUCGUGCUCGAGCAGGGCCCGAUCAAGCACGUCGACAACGUGGAGCUGGGCUCGCGGCGCGUGGUGGCGUUGCCGGAGCCCGUCGGAGGCGUCCUGGUCGUCGGGGAGCGCACGGCGCUGUACGUCGCGCGCGACGGGGCGCAGCAGGUGCACCCGCUGCCGCCGGGGUUCCAGCGCGCGGUCGGCGUGGUGGACGCCAAGGUGGAGCGCGUGCUGCUCUCCGACGAGACGGGGCGGCUGGCGAUGCUCGCCCUGCAGCAGAACGGGAGCGCGGUGGUGGGGAUGCAGCUGGAGAGUCUGGGGAGCUGCUCGCCGGCGUCGAACAUCGCGUACCUGGGCGACGGGCUGGCGUUCCUGGGGUCGAUGCACACGGACUCGCAGCUGGUGAAGAUCCACGCGGAGCCGCAGCCGGGCGGCGCGGGCCUGGUGGAGGUGCUGGAGACGUACAAGCAGCUGGGCCCGAUGGUGGACAUGGUGGUGGUCGACCUGGACCGGCAGGGGCAGGGGCAGGUCGUGGCGUGCUGCGGGAUGGGCCGGUUCGGGUCGCUGCGGGUCGUGCGGUCCGGGAUCGGCAUCACGGAGCACGUGUCGGCGGAGCUGCCGGGCGUGCGCGGGGCGUGGUCGCUCGGGGCGGACUGGGGCGCCGAGGAGCACUCGCACCUCAUCGUGGCGCUGACGGGACAGACCGUGGCGCUCGCGGUGACCGAGGGGGGCGGCAUCGAGCAGGUGGAGGCGCCGGGGAUUGACGCUGCGGCGCAGGCCAUCCACGUGGGCAACGUGCGGCACGGACAGGCGGUGGUCGCGACCCGGGACGGCGUCGCGCUCCUGAGCGCCGCGGGCCUGACCAAGGCCGCGGAGUGGCGGCCGGACGGCGGCGCGGCGGUCACGCUGGCGGCGUCGAACUGCUGCCAGGUGGCGGCGGGGUUCGGCGGGUCGCACGUGGCGGUGCUGGAGGUCGCCGCGGGGGGGCUGACCGCGGCCAAGGUGGUGGACGUCGGCUCGCAGGUGGCGUGCCUCGACUGCACGCCGCUCGGCGAGGAUGCGAGUGGCCCGUGCGAGUACGUGGCGGUGGGGACCUGGGACAACUCGGUGCUGCUGCUGCGCGCGGGCGCGGGCGAGGUGGCGCUCACGGUGCCCCUGGGCGCCGGCACUGCGGCGCGCAGCGUCCUGCUGACGCGCAUGGUCGGGCAGCCGCACAUGAUGGUGGGGACGGGCGACGGGCACAUCGUGAUGAUGGAGCUGGACGUGGGCGGGGCCGCGCCGCGGGCGCUGCCGGCGAAGAGCGUCGCGAUCGGCACGCGGCCGGUCGGGCUGCGCGCGCUGCACACCGCGGGCAUGCCGUGCGUGUUCGCGACGGGCGACCGGCCGGCGGUGGCGUACGCCAACAACGGCAAGAUCGUGCUGAGCAACGUGAACGACUCGGACGUGACCGGCGUCGCGCCGUUCAGCUCGCCGCAGUACCCCGGCGCGCUGGUCGUCACCAAGGACGACGGGCUCACGGUCGGGACCGUCGACGAGAUCCAGAAACUGCACGUGCAGACGGUGCCGCUGGGGUGCCAGGGCCGGCGGAUCGCGCACGACCCGGCGUCCCACACGUACUGCGUGGCCGCGCUCCCGGACGCCGAGCGCGACACGACGGGCGAGCUCAUCCUGCUCGAGGACCAGCUCUUCGAGGAGCGGCACCGCGUGCGCCUCUGCCCGCAGGAGGACGCGCAGUCGCUGGUGCUGUGCCGGUUCGACGGCGAGAGCGCGCCGUUCUACUGCGUGGGGACGGCGGUGAUCGACUCCGCGGAGGAGGAGCCCAAGCAGGGGCGCAUCGCGGUGUACUGCGUGGAGGGGGGCAAGCUCGAAGAGGUGUGCGACAAACAGGCCGCGGGCGCGGUGUACGCGCUCGAGCCGUUCGAGGGCCGCCUGCUCGUCACGAUCAACAACAAGGUGUUCGUGAUGGGCCUCAAGCGCGGCGCCGACGGGAAGCCCGAGCUGGAGCCCAUCUGCGGGUUCACCGGGCAGGUCCUGUCGCUCUACCUCGCGCACCGCGGCGACUUUGUGCUCAUGGCGGACCUCAUGCGGUCCGUGACGCUCCUGACGUACCAGCGGGACCCCCCGAAGCUCACAGAGCGCGCACAGGACUACCAGAUGGCGUGGCCCAUGGCGAUAUCGAUCCUGGACGACUCGACGUUCGCCAUGGCCGACUCGUACUCGAACAUCACGGUCCUCGCGAAGAGCGACGACGACGCCGUCGACGAGGUCCGGCAGCAGCUGCAGAUCGUCGGCGAGAUGCACGUCGGGCAGAACAUCAACCGGUUCUGCGCGGGGUCGCUGACCAUGCGGACGCCGGACUCCCCGCUCGGCGACGCGCCGUCGCAGCUCUUCUGCACCGUGCAGGGCGCGAUCGGGCUGAUGGUGCCGCUGUCGCGGAAGCACUAUGACCUCCUCAGCGCGCUGCAGCUCGUGCUGCAGGACCGCGUGCAGCCGGUGGGCGGCAUGCCGCACAGCAUCUUCCGCAGCGUGUUCUCGGAGACAGGUCGGCGCCGCACGGCGAUGGUGGGCAUGGUCGACGGCGACAUCGUGGAGAUGCUGCUUGACAUGCCGCGCGCACAGCAGGAGGAGGUCGUGCGGGCGAUGAGCGCGAAAACGGACGUUGACAGCGUCGUUGCGUUGGUAGAGGAGCUGGCCAGGCUCCACUGA